AUGUCAAACUCCUCCGCCGCAGGCAGCUCCGGCGGAAACAACUUUCCACCUAUCCUGACGAACCCGUUCCAGAAAAGUGGUAGUGAGGCGGUGUACGAUGUUUCGGAGACGGAGAACGCGUGCGUGGUGAGACUGGACAUGCCAGGCUGUCCAGAUACGGACCUCGUCUACUGGAUCGAAGGCAUCAACGUUCACUUCUUCGCCGACGAACAAACCAUGCCUGAAAGCGACCACGCCGGACGCAAAUACGGCGGCACGAUGGUUUUCAACCCAGAGACUUAUAACGUCAAGGACGCAGAGGUUAAGCUCCUCAAUGGAGUGCUUUGGAUCAACGUCCCAAAGAUACCAGGAACUAACGCCAACAUUAAUGUCAUUGAGCAGAUGAUCUACUUUUAA